AUGCGGACUCACACAGGUGAGAAACCCUACAGGUGUGAGGUGUGCAGCAAGCAGUUCAGUCAGCUAAGUAAUCUGAAGAAUCACAUGCGGACUCACACUGGUGAGAAAUCCUACAGGUGUGAGGAGUGCAGCAAGCAGUUCAGUGAGUUGGGUAAUCUGAACAAACACAUGCUGACUCACACUGGUGAAAAACCCUACAGGUGUGAGGACUGCAGCAAGCAGUUCAGUAGGCUGAGUCAUUUGAAGACUCACACGCUGACUCACACAGGUGAGAAACCCUACAGGUGUGAGCAGUGCAGCAAGUAUUUCAGUGAGCUGGGUCAUUUGAAGACUCACAUGCGGACUCACACAGGUGAGAGACCCUACAAAUGUGAGGAGUGUAGCAAACAGUUCAGUCAGCUGGGUGAUCUGAAGAAACACACAAGGACUCACACCGGUGAGAAACCCUACAGGUGUGAGGAGUGCAGCAUGCAGUUCAGUCUGCUUAAUAGCCUGAAGACACACAUGAGGACUCACACAGGGGAGAAACCCUACAGGUGUGAGGAGUGCAGCAAGCAGUUCAGUCUGCUUAAUAGUCUGAAGACACACAUGAGGACUCACACAGGGGAGAAACCCUACAGAUGUGAGGAGUGCAACAAGGAGUUCAGUCUGCUUAAUAGUCUGAAGAUACACAUCAGGACUCACACAGGGGAGAAACCGUACAGGUGUGAGGAGUGCAGCAAGCAGUUCAGUCAGCUGAGUCAUCUUAAGGGACACAUGCGGACUCACACAGGGGAGAAACCCUACAGGUGUGAGGAGUGCAGCAAGCAGUUCAGUCAGCUGAGUAAUCUGAAGAAACACAUGAGGACUCACACCGGUGAGAAAUCCUACAGGUGUGAGGAGUGCAGCAGGCAGUUCAGUGAGCUAGGUAAUCUGAACAAACACAUGCAAACUCACACUGGUGAAAAACCCUACGGGUGUGAGGAGUGCAGCAAGCAGUUCAGUAGGCUGAGUCAUUUGAAGACUCACAUGCGGACUCACACAGGUGAGAAACCCUACAAGUGUGAGGAGUGCAGCAAGUAUUUCAGUGACCUGGGUCAUUUGAAGACUCACAUGCGGACUCACACAGGUGAGAGACCCUACAGAUGUGAGGAGUGCAGCAGGCAGUUCAGUCAGCUGGGUGAUCUGAAGAAACACACAAGGACUCACACAGGUGAGAAACCCUACAGAUGUGAGGAGUGUAGCAAGCAGUUCAGUCUGCUUAAUAGUCUGAAGACACACAUGAGGACUCACACAGGGGAGAAACCCUACAGGUGUGAGGAGUGCAGCAAGCAGUUCAGUCUGCUUAAUAGUCUGAAGACACACAUGAGGACUCACACAGGGGAGAAACCCUACAGGUGUGAGGAGUGCAGCAAGCAGUUCAGUCUGCUUAAUAGUCUGAAGUCUCACAUGCGGACUCACACAGGGGAGAAACCCUACAGGUGUGAGGAGUGCAGCAAGCAGUUCACCACGAGGAGUCAUCUGAAGAAACACAUGCAAACUCACACAGGGCACAGUUCUUAAAGACAAAGGAGUGUCACGAUCCCCCAGCGCAUCAUCCGACUAUUGUCAAAAGCUAAAUAGACUCCUAACAUCCCCAUACAUUGAUUGUACCUUGUCGCGGAUCUUUGAUAUUUUUUGGGGUCAGCUCAUCAUGCAAAUAGUGUUUUGUAUAGUUUGCUUUUGUAACAGCUCUUGUGAAAAGAAUCGUUUUAAGUUGUUGCUGUUAUUGUUUUAUUUCUAUAAUGUCUAAUGAUGUCUAUUUACAGUGUAGAAUUGAGGUGAGACUUAUUCUUAGCACUUUAUAAGUUUUGCUAAAAGCUUCUUUUGAUUUUCUACUUCUUGGUGAAAAUAUGACAUGGAGAUUAUUUUGUAAUCAACAAUUUGUUUGACAGGCUAUUCAUCAUCAGUCCAGUGUAGUGAUAUUAGCAAUAGCUACUUGUAGUACAUAUCUGCAUCCAUUUCAUUUUUAUGUCUUUUUUGUUGAUUAGCAUAUGGUUCAUAAUAACGGUUAAAGU